AUGUUCCGCGGACACCGUGCUUGGUUCUCGCAGAGCGUCAGUCCGGGCCCGCGGGGGCUCUGGGCGGACGGUGGUGGGACGAUCGCCCACUGGCUGGAUGCUGACUACCUCUUCAGCAGCGAUGCUGCCCACCCCGACACCCGCAGCAUACACGAGAGCCUCAAUUACUUGGAGGGCAGAGCCACGGUCUUUCACUCCCGUUACCUCUCAGUGUGUGCAGGCACCGGCACCGGAGAGAAGCCCUCGAUGGUUCUGGGCCACUUCAUCCUGCCCCCUGCCUGCCUGCAAGAAGAAAUCAGAAGGAAAAUUGGCCGGUUUAUUUGGGAGAAGGCAGAUGCCCUUGAAGAACAGCCCAAGGAAAAUCCGACAGAGGAACCAGAAGCAGCAAGAAAUGGCUGUGAGGAAGAGCCAGAGGAGGAGGUGCUAGACCUGGCUGAGAGCAGUGAAGAAACAGACUCUGAAGCAUCUGCCCAGGGAGAAUUUCCAUUCCGUGCCCUCCAGGAAUACCCGAUAAGUAACAUGGUGACAGGCUAUGCCUCUGCACGGGACAUGAAGAAAUAUGAGGGGGAACUCCACGACUUUAUCCCUGGCACCUCAGGCUAUGCAGCGUACUGGGUCCAAAGCAAAUUUAGCAUUUAUGGCAAGACCAAAAUGAAGAGGAAAUUGUAA